AUGUCUGAUGCUCCACGACCGACGCUCAAGCUGAAGUUUGGCAAAAAGCCGGCACCCGAACCUCCAGCAGACGCGCCUGCACCACAACCCUCCCAGCCAAAAAUCACCCUAAAGAUCGGCUCCAAGCCAAAAGCACUCUCUCAGGGAACUGAAGAGAAAUCCAAAAAGAAGAAGACGACAAAGAAGAGACCCGCCGAGAAUGCAGGCCAGCCCGAACCCAUAGCGGAGCAAGGGCCCAAACGCCUCAAAUUAAAUCCUUCCAAAAAACCAGGACUACAGGCAAUCAGACUUAAGAACCAACGAGUGGUUGCUCAUCGACCGGUGGGUGUUGGAUACGAUUCAGAGGCAUCCGAUACGGAAGCCGAUCCGGCCAUCGAAGAACAGUUCAUUCUACGUAUGCUGCCGGGAGAGGACUGCGAAUACCUUCGACAGGCCAUCAACGAACGACGAUUCGACAGGUCAGAAUUUUCCUUCAAGCCAUUAAAUCGGGAAGGGCGACGUGCGGUCUUGAAAGUUCGGGAUCAAAUGUAUGCCGCGUCUUUGGUUGACCUCCCCUGUAUCAUUGAGGGCAUGAAAAGUUGGGAUCGUCGAGGUUGGUACAAAGCGGCAGAUAUCUGCCAAAUGCUGCUAGUGCUUGGACCAGUGUCUAGCGACCAGGAAGCACUAGAAUAUCCUCUUCCUGAUGAGAUCGAGUAUCCGGAUGAUAAAACUUUACACUACCCACACGGUCUUGCACCGCCAUUGCGGUGGGUUCGCAAACGACGUUUCCGAGAUCGCGUGAGCUCGCGCACUAUUGAACAAGUGGAGAGAGCUGUGGAAGAACUGGUCGCACAAGAUGAGACAUCGGUCUUCCCACCGCGAUUUGAGUUGGUGGACAGUGCAUCUGUGCACCGCGCCGAAUAUGUCCAAGACGAAGAAUACGAGGAGGAGUUCUACGAUGAGGACCAGGAUGCCGAAGGCGAGGCGGACGAUGAUAUGAUGGGCGACUUCGAUGACGACCUUGUCGCUGAGAUGGAAGCGGCCUUGGCUGCCGACGAUAACGACGCGUCUGCCAUGCCCACGGAUGCUGAACAGGCAGAGACACCAUCAGCCAACCCAGCUGCUGCUGCAGAUGGGUCAGGCGCCAGGGAAUCAUCUGGCGAAGAUAGUGAUGACUCAGAUGAUGACGACUUGGAUGAUGAACAGCUGGAGCAACAGCGACAGCUGCAGCAAUCGCGUGAAGAAAUUGCCGAGUUAGAAGACCUAAUCCGCACCGAAACUCGACAAUGGGAGAGUCUAUUGAAUCCGAUUCUACGAAACAAGUUGAGUCGACGGAUCACAGAACUCAAGAAGGACCUUUCCCUGAAGAAGAUGUCGGCUGGACUUGGGGACGACACCGAUAUUUAA